GGCAUCCGGCAGCCGCCCAAGGCCCUGCUGCUGUUUGGACCUCCGGGAACUGGGAAGACGCUGCUGGCGCGUGCGGUAGCGACCGAGAGCCGAGCCACCUUCCUGCCGGUGACAGGCGACAGUGUGUUGUCGAUGUGGUACGGUCAGAGCGAGCAGAACGUCAAGGCGCUGUUUGAGAAGGCGAGGAAGAGGCAGCCCGCUAUCAUAUUCAUUGACGAGCAGGCCCAGCAGGGGCCCGGUGGGGGAGGUGAUGGUGGGGACAACCGCAUUGUGGUCAUUGCGGCCACCAACACCCCCUGGGACCUGGACGAGGCGGCUCUCAGCAGGUUCUCCCGGCGCAUCUACGUGCCGCUCCCGGACCGGGGCACCCGGGAGGCGCUCAUGAGGAAGGCUAUGGAGGGUAUCGCUUGCGACGUGUCCGACUCGGCGUGGCAGCGGCUGGCUGAGCGGUGUGACAAGUACAGCGGGAGGGACCUGGUGCAGGUUUGCAGGUGCGGUGGGGCUGGUGGGGGCCCCUGGGGGGCGUUACUGCCUUGCUGUCAGUUACAUACCAACGUAGGGCUUGUGGACGUUGGUGCACACGCACCUUGA